GGUAAGUCAUGAAUCAGUUGCAAGUAAAAAGUUAACUCAUCAACAGUGACUCUUGAUUAUCAUCACCUAAUCUCAACAUUUUUACCUGUUAUUACCGUUCUUGUGCUUAUUUCAAUCAUUACAGUGCUUUAAUUAUAAUUAUCUCAUUUUAAUUGUUUCAAAAUAGUUCAUCAUUAAGCUAGAUAUUAAACCAAAAACUUGAAACUCAGCUUUAAAGCCAACUGUAAACCCAAAAGUGCAAAACCCAAACAAUAAUCAUGCGUUUAACUGAUCAGUAAUAAUUAACCAACAUCGACAAUCAACUAAACAAGAAAAGGUUACUAAGGAGAAACGUGAAAAAGCAUAGGAAACCCAAAAAGCAAAACCUGUAAACCUGGAAAGUUACAAAUGGAUUUUCAAUUUGAUUUUAGGUUAAACGCGUUGAACGUUGGCAAUAGCUUUAAGUGUCUUUAUUUAAUCAAUUGAAGCAAUGAUAAUAAUAAUCAACGGCAGUUAUACUUUUAAGAGGACAUCAAUAUAAGCAUUAGCAAAGUCACCCUGAUUAUUGUUAAUAAUAACAACAACAGUUCAACAUAAAAAUUGAAUUAUCCAAACUAUCUAAACAAGUCAAGGAUUUAUUAUUAUCAUCACCAUCAUUAACGACCAUUUUACAGAGAGAUUCAAGCUAAAUUAUGUUAAUCAUCAUAAUCUAAUCAACAUUUAUGGUCAUAUGCACCAAUUUUGCCGUGCAAAAGUAAAUUAAAAAGAGCGCCUUUCAAAGUCACUCAAAAUUUUUCACCAACAUUACCAACAGUUAACUUUGUUGUCAUUGUUAUCAUCAUUUUUAUUAAUCUACACUCAUUUUUGACUGCCAUUCAACUAAAUUACAUUUUGAUUGUAUGCAUUUCCCUACCAACCGUUAAUAAAAAAUAGUAACCAUCAAAAUUGUUACCAAUUUUCAGUGUGAUGAGUCUCCUUGCUCGACAAUUUUACUGUUACCAUCAUCAUAUCAAUCAACAGUCACAUCAAUAUUACAUUCAUUAUAUCAACGAUUAAUCUCGUCAUUAAUAUUUAUAUCAACAAGCAAAUACCCAAACCUAAACCCAAAAACAAAAUACCAAGCCAAACAACCUGAACCCGGGCCCUAUCAAUGUCAGCUUUUGAACAAAAAGUACAAGGAUUAUCAAAUUAUUAUCAAACCAAUAAAGGUUUAAUUGUUAAUGUAUCCUUGGACGUGUUUGUACGCAAACAAUUAAAUCUCGAAACCACCAAAUAAUAGUAAUAAUAAUAUAAUAAUAAUCCAAAACAAUAGCAACCACCAAGAUGAACAAUACAAUGGAAAGAAGAAGGAAGGAAUAUGAAUGCAAAAUCUAAGUGUCCAAAUAAUAAGUAAUAAGAUAUGUUAAUUAAGUGCCAUUUGGAUUAAUUGUUUUACGCCAAUAUUGAUCAUCGCAAUAAAAAUCACAAUCAUCUCAAUAAUUGGAGCCAUAAUUUACAAGGGAAAACAUUUAAUGGUGUCGCGUCUCUUUGCUCAACACUGUAACCAGUUUUAGGUUUGCAGUUGGUUUUCACCCAUUUUUUUGGUUAACCAUCUUCUUCAACUUUACUAAUUGCUGCGAAUGAAAUUGAAACUAUUUUAGCAUUUAAACUCUACUCUCUAUCUUUCUCUCUUUCUCUAUCAAUCUUUAUCUGUUUAAUUGUUGAUAAGUUAUGUACAACUUGAGACAAUUUCUUGCAAACUUAGCUUGGUCCAUAAAUAAUCAGCUGAUCCUCUUAAUCAUCAUAUUCACAAUAAGCCUUGUCAUCUUUUUACCUGUUGAUUGUGGUAAAUUAGCAUCAUCAGAAGAGCAACAGCAACAAUUGAAAAGUUUACCACCAUCAACAUCAUCUUCAACUCAAAGACUUUCAACCAAAUCAGAAGCUGAUCUGUGUGAGAUUUGCUGGUGCAACAAGGAUUCACUUGCAUGUCAAAAGGACAAUCGACUUAAAUCAUUUCCAAUAUUGUUAAAUGAAACCAAAAGAGCAGCAAUUAAAGAAAUAAUCAUUGAGAAUCAAGCCGAUUUAACGUUGUUAAAAGACAAAGAUUUAAGCUUUUAUCCAAGCAUAACAACACUGACAAUCAGCAACAGUGGUUUGGCUAUAAUUGAAGAGAAUGCAUUCAAAAGUAACAAAAAAUUAGAAAAAAUUGAUCUCAGAUUGAAUAAAUUACAAACCUUACCUUGGAUGGUUUUUGAUCAAACUAACUUGCCAACAAUUAUCAUGACUGGCAAUCCAUUGGCAUGCAAUUGUAGUAAUAAGUGGAUCCAAUUGAAUAUGAUAGAUGGUGGCUCAAACCUAGGACCUUAUUGGGACAAAAUAACAUGUAUACAUAAAAAUGGUUCAACCGAGAAUCUCUUGCAAGCAUCGAUCGAUGAUUGUGAUUUACCAAAAGUAACUGUAGAUCCAAAGUCAAUUAACAUCAACGAAAGCCAAUCAAUAACAAUUACGUGCCAUGUGACCGGCAGUCCAACUCCAAGAGUUUUCUGGCGAAUAGACGAUUCUUUUUCUAGAAUCAGUUCAUCUUUCAUAAAAUCUCACCUUAAAUCAUCAGAAUCAGGAUUAACAAUGGCCAAUAUAUCGGACCCAGUCCGACCUUAUUCACUGAUUACAAUUGCCAACCCUAAAGAGUACAAUGUACUAGUAAUUGAAAACAUUACUGGACCCGAUGUUGGUUCAAUCAAAUGUAUUGGAGUUAACAUGGUUGGUCGAGUUCAAGAUGAAUCAACUCUUCAAAUUGCAGGUAAACCUCGCAUUGAAACAUUUGAAUCUCAAGUCAAAUUUCAUUUGUGUCUCAAUUACCGAAUCACUGGUGUUCCUAAAUUAAAAAGACUCUGGUUUUUCAACGGUAAACCGUUAAAAUUUAAUGAUGAAAUUAAAGAUCUUGAAAUAAGAUCACCUAAAAAUCCUCAUCUGAUGCAAGGAUGCCUUGAAAUUCAAACAACAGGAACUAAAAUUUUGGGUAAUUAUACCUUGGUUGCUGUUAACUCCUACGGUGAAGAUAAUAAAACCAUAUCAGUGGAUGCUGUUACAGCUGGUUUACCCAAAAACCCAAAACUGAUUCAAGUAAACAAACCGAUUCCGUCUCAAGAAAGGAUUUACAAUCAAAAUCGAAACUCAACUGAUAAUGUUUAUUCAGUGCGAAAGAUUGUUAUAUUGAUUGGAUCCCUUGGUGGUGCACUUAUCCUCUCUUCCAUCAUUAUAUUAUCAAUAAUUCAUCGUAAAAAUGACAGUUUUAUUUGUUUAACAAUUUGCAAAUUACUCAGGAUCAAUAAGAAUGAAACUCUGGAAAUUGCGAUCCGUGAAAAGAUACCUUUAAAUGCAUCCAAAAUGAUUCGUAAUCCAAAUUAUUCCCCAACCAAGGAUAGUCUUUGCUCUGAUUCAGGCUUAAGGCUUAUCCAACGAGAUCGAAUAAAUUUUUUACAAGAAUUGGGUGAAGGAGCUUUUGGUCGAGUUUUCCUUGGAACCAUUGAAUGCCUUAAACCAGAUGAAGAGUCAACAUUGGCUGCCAUUAAAACACUCAAAGAUUCAAGUGACUCCGAAGUGCGGAAAGACUUUGAACGAGAAGCCGAGGUUUUAUCCAAUUUAACCCACGCCAACAUAGUCCAAUUUUAUGGCAUCUCUGUUGACGGUGAACCUUUAAUGAUGAUCAUUGAAUACAUGAAAUUUGGUGAUUUAAACAAUUAUCUAAGAGCCAAUGAUUGUUCCAACAAUUUGAUUAAAAUCAAUGAUUCCAAGAUAUCUUCAUAUGAUAAACUUGGCUACUCUGAUCUACUUAGGAUAUCUGUACAAAUAGCUGCUGGACUAGAGUACCUUUCAUUACAACACUUUGUCCACCGUGAUUUAGCGACUCGCAACUGUUUGGUUGGCGAUGAAUUGCUCGUUAAAAUCGGUGACUUCGGCAUGUCCCGAGAUCUUUACGCUACUGAUUAUUAUAAGAUUGGACGUCAAACCAUGUUACCAAUUAGAUGGAUGUCACCAGAAAGCAUUGUUUACCGAAAGUUUACUGUACAAUCAGAUAUAUGGAGUUUUGGUGUCGUCCUUUGGGAAAUAUUUACAUAUGGAAAGCAACCUUUUUAUGAGUUAUCCAAUCAAGAAGUUAUCAAGGAGGUGGUCGAAGGAAAAAUUUUAGCUCAACCCAAGAAUUGUCCUGAUGUUAUUUAUGAUCUGAUGCAAGCUUGUUGGAUUGAAUCGCCAGUUAAAAGGAUAACUGCCAGUGAAAUUCAUACACGCCUUCGAGAGAUAGUUAAAGAGGAAAAUCUUCUAAUGGAUAAUUCAUCAGUGAUAGAUGCUCAUAUAAUGAGGUGAACCAAGCCAAUCAAUAAACACAGACAAAGACUCAUGCCAUUUGCAAGAUCAACAAUUUGGCAUAACUCAAUGGCUGCUCUUGAGGUUGUUGGUUUAUUAUUGAUUUUGGCUAUUAGCUAAUCAUACUUAUACGUUUAAACCGAUGCCUGUUAUUCAACGCUGAUUAGCCUAUCUGAUGGUGUUUUUUGGUGUGCUCAUAAAAUGACAAUAAUUGACAGACAAAAAUGAAACAACAAAGAUUCAGAAAUGGUUAAUCAAAAGAUAAAGAAAGCUAAAGAUAUGGUUUUCCAGUUUCAUACAGAAUCAAGUCAAUCUCUCAAUUAAAACGCAGUUAAUAAUUUUCCUUACUUAAUUAGAGAGGAAGAAGAGACAAUCUUGUCAUGAGAAGCAGGCAAAAUCUCAAUUGCAAUAACAAUUGUCUAUUUUGUGGAUAAAGUCAAUUCGGAAAGCAAAUUGUCAACUUACAAUCUACUUGUUUCUCUAAUUGUUACUUGUGUUGCUUUCCAAUCAACACAUCAAUUGAAACCCAAGAAAUCAUCAACACCAUGUCUGUGAUUGACCAGUUAAAUAAAACUCAACACUGGAAGCUCAACUGACUCAGAUUCAAUUUUCUUGUUGGAAGAUGAAAUUUAUUAGACCAGUUGUUUGUCAAGUCAAACUCAACGAAUGAUGUUCAUAUCUAGUCUCUAUUCAUCUUCAUCUUCUCAUCUUGUCUUCUCUUCCUCAUCUUACAUUGCCAUUCAUUUGUCUUUUCCUCAACUCUUUUUUUAUUUUCAUUUUCAAUGAACAUUCUGGAAAUACAAUUUCUCUCUGUUUCUCUUCAUGAAACCUGGAACCAAUACUUCGAUGAUGGUGAUUCAUGAAGCUGUACAACUUUCAUUUCAAUUUCUGUGAUGAGUCUGUCUUCUUAUUGAAAUAGCCUUUCAUUUAUCUGGAAAGUUGCAAGUCCUCACAAUUGUUGAUGAUAAUCAUUGGCAUUUCACGAGAUGAUCAUCUAAAGGCUAUAAAAGAGACAGUUUUUGAGGAGAAACUUUUUUAUCUAAAUUGUGAUCAAACUUGUAUCAUUUUAUUUCAAUUGUAAAUGACAAAUUAAUUUUCUUAUAUAUUGUAAAUUAUUUUCAUCAUUUUUUUCUGUGUAGCAUAAUCAUUGCCUUUAUGAUAUCAGUGUCAUGGAUAUUGUUGUCAUAAAUAUAUUAUAUCAUGGAUAAUCAGCGAUCGCUUGAUUUUCCUUCUCAAAUCAUAUUUUAAAUGCUUCUCAUCAGAUUAAAUUCACAAGAUUUCUGAUUCACUUUUAA